CCAUGAUCCCUCAACUAGAGAGGCAACAUCCUCUAGCCACAGCGAGGGGAAGCUGGCCUCACUGGACUCUCCGCUCUGCAACAGGUAACACCCUGUCUCCAAACUCUGAGCCAGAGUUCCAAAUCUGCAACCACUGCCAUCCACUUUUUCAUCUGCGUAUCAGGAAGUACAAUUUAUCAGUCAGGCAUUUCUUAGGAUUGUCUUUUAGGCACAUUCUCUUUCUGUCUGACCUAAGGAUUUGCCAACGAACCUGAGGGGAGAGGUGUGAUAUUUGUCCUGUGAGAGGAACAGACAGCAACAAACAACUCGGAAUCACUUUCAGAAAAGGGACAGGGGGAAAAGGAGAAAAGGGAACGAUGAUGGAAUUGAGGAUCCAGCUGAUCCCUACAGGGGAAAUCAUCCUUCCUCCAGGGAAGAAUGGAGAGAACUACUGCCACUGCUGCAAGGUGGUGGCGAGUGACGGGGUGCGGGCUAUGAUGGAGUCGGCCCUGACAGCCAGAGACCGGGUGGGCGUGCAGGACUUUGUCCUGCUGGAGAACUUCACCAGCGAGGCCGCCUUCAUAGAGAACCUGCGCAAACGCUUCAAAGAAAACCUCAUCUAUACAUACAUUGGUUCAGUUCUAGUGUCAGUUAACCCAUACAAAGACCUGGAGAUCUACACCAAGAACCACAUGGAGCGAUACCGUGGAGUCAACUUCUACGAGGUCUCACCACACAUCUAUGCAGUGGCAGACAACUCAUACCGCUCCAUGAGGACAGAGAGAAAGGACCAGUGCAUCCUGAUCUCUGGGGAGAGUGGCGCUGGGAAGACCGAGGCGUCAAAGAAGAUCCUGCAGUAUUACGCCUUCACCUGUCCAGCCAGCGAGCAGGUGCAGACCAUCAAAGACCGCCUGCUGCAGUCCAACCCCGUGCUGGAGGCCUUUGGCAAUGCCAAGACCUUGCGUAACGACAACUCAAGCCGCUUUGGCAAGUACAUGGACAUUCAGUUUGAUUUUAAGGGUGCCCCAGUUGGAGGCCACAUCAUUAACUACCUGCUGGAGAAGUCCCGUGUGGUCCACCAGAACCACGGGGAGAGGAACUUCCACAUUUUCUAUCAGCUGAUCGAGGGAGGGGAGGAGGACCUGCUGAGAGCCCUGGGCUUGGAGAGGAACCCUCAGCAGUACCAGUACCUGGUCAAAGGUAACUGUCCCAAAGUGAGCUCUAUCAACGAUCGCAGUGAUUGGAAGACGGUGAGAAAAGCCUUGACUGUGAUUGGCUUCAACGAGGACGAUGUGGAGGAGUUGUUGAACAUAAUUGCCAGUGUGCUCCACUUGGGGAAUGUGCAGUACGGCGGGGAAGAAGGCAAUGUCUGCAUCACUUCUGACACACAGAUAAAGUACCUGGCCCGGUUGUUAGGAGUGAAUGGGGCAGUGCUGACAGAGGCACUCACACACAAGAAGAUAAUUGCCAAGGGAGAGGAGCUGGUUAGCCCGCUGAACUUAGAGCAAGCGUCAUCAGCUCGGGAUGCUUUAUCCAAGGCGGUGUAUGGACGCACCUUCACCUGGCUGGUUAACAAGAUCAACACUUCACUGACAUACACGGAUGACUCCCACAAGAAUUACUCUGUCAUUGGCCUGCUUGACAUCUAUGGCUUUGAGGUCUUCCAGCACAACAGCUUUGAGCAGUUCUGCAUCAACUACUGUAACGAAAAGCUGCAGCAGCUCUUCAUUGAGCUCACCCUAAAAUCAGAGCAGGAGGAGUACGAGGCUGAAGGCAUCACGUGGGAGCCGGUGCAGUACUUCAAUAACAAAAUCAUCUGUGACCUGGUGGAGGAGAAGUUCAAAGGCAUCAUCUCCAUUCUGGAUGAGGAGUGUCUGAGACCCGGAGACGCCAGUGAUGUCACCUUCCUAGAGAAGUUGGAGGACACUGUGGGAGGACACGCACACUUUGUCACUCACAAGCUGGCUGAUGCAAAGACCCGGAAGGUAAUGGGCCGUGACGAAUUCAGACUGCUGCAUUACGCUGGAGAAGUCAACUACAAUGUCAAUGGAUUUUUGGACAAGAACAACGACCUGCUCUUCAGGAACUUAAAAGAGGUUAUGUGUAUGUCAGAGAACAAGAUCCUGAACCAGUGUUUUGACAGAGAGGAGCUGAGUGACAAAAAACGUCCUGAAACGGCAGCCACCCAGUUCAAAGCCAGCCUGGCGAAACUCAUGGAGAUCCUCAUGUCGAAGGAGCCGUCGUACGUUCGCUGCAUCAAGCCCAAUGACUCCAAGCAAGCAAGUCGAUUUGACGAAGUCUUGAUCCGUCACCAGGUCAAGUAUCUGGGGCUGAUGGAGAAUCUGAGGGUGAGGAGAGCCGGCUUUGCUUACAGACGGCGCUAUGAGGUCUUCCUUCAGAGGUAUAAGUCCCUUUGUCCAGAUACAUGGCCUAACUGGCAAGGGAAACUGUCUGAGGGAGUGGCUACACUCGUCAAACACCUGGGAUACAAGCCAGAGGAGUACAAACUGGGCAGAUCCAAAAUCUUCAUCCGUUUUCCAAAGACGUUGUUUGCCACUGAGGAAGCACUUGAGACCAGGAAACAUAGUCUUGCCACCAAGCUGCAGGCAGGAUGGAGAGGCUACAGCCAGAAGUCCAAAUACCAAAAACUCAGAACCUCAGCUAUUGCCGUCCAGGCGUGGUGGAGAGGGAUCCUGGCCAGGAGGAGAGCCCAGCGCAGGCGACAGGCUGCCGAUACUAUCCGCAGGUUUAUCAAAGGCUUCAUCUACCGCUACAAGGAGCGCUGUCCAGAGAACGAGUAUUUCCUGGAUUAUGUGCGCUACUCCUUCCUCAUGAAGCUGCACCGGAACCUGCCCAAGAACGUCCUGGACAAGAGCUGGCCGACACCUCCAGCUGCUCUCUCUGAGGCUUCCGGGCAUUUGCGUAAGCUGUGCAUGCAGAACAUGGUGUGGAGCUACUGCAAGAAGAUCAGUCCUGAGUGGAAACACCAGAUGGAGCAGAAGAUGAUCGCCAGUGAGCUCUUUAAGGACAAGAAGGACAACUACCCACAGAGCGUGCCCAAACUGUUUGUCAGCACAAGACUCAAUGGUGAGGACAUUAACCCCAAGGUGGUGCAGGCUCUGGGCAGUGAGAAGAUGAAGUAUGCAGUUCCAGUCACCAAGUACGACAGAAAAGGCUACAAGGCUCGGCCCCGCCAGCUGCUGCUCACAACCAACAGUGCUGUUAUCAUUGAGGAGACCAAACUCAAGCAGCGCAUUGACUACGGAGCUCUGAAAGGCAUCUCAGUCAGCUCUCUUAGCGACGGCUUGUUCGUUCUGCAUGUGUCCAGUGACGACAACAAACAGAAGGGAGAUGUUGUUCUGCAGAGCGACCAUGUGAUUGAGACCUUGACCAAGAUUGCGAUCUGUUCUGACAAAAUAAACAACAUCAACAUCAACCAGGGCAGUAUAACGUUUACAGUGGGUCAGGGGAAGGAGGGGAUCAUAGACUUCACGCCCGGAUCAGAACUACUGGUGGCCAAGGCCAAGAACGGACACUUGUCUGUGACGGCUCCCAGACUGAACUCCAGAUGAUGGCCACUCUGACCACACACAUACUGUACACCAGGACCUAUGUACUCCUGACCUCUCCCAUCCUCCAAUCACAUGACCGCAGACCCCGCUCUGCCUAAGCCAAUCAGAUGCCAGCUGUCACUACAUGUGCUUCCAAUUUUAAAAAACAAAUAAAUAUCCAGCUAAACUAAUUGAUAUAUUUAUGUUCAUAUAUUAUAUUUUUGGGAUUAAUAUGGUUGCUGUUUGAAUUUUAUGAUUUUAUAUAUGAGGCCAAGGAAUAACAAAUAUUUUUGGUGCAUUUUUAUUGCACCAUGUGUGUUUAUUGUGCUUUAUUUGGGAACAUGACCAAGAAAACAAUGAGGGAAGAGUCAGAAUAAGAGACAACAAUGAGAAGAAGGGAAUUGUUGUUGAUGAAAAUCAGGGUUACUUGUUGCCUGUUGCCAAUUUUUUUCCCUGUUUACUUUUUUGGCUCGACUUAGGCUUGACUGUCUUGCUGACACAACUUUUCUAACUGGGGUGUAUGGCUUGUUAUUAAAGCAUGAAGGUGUGUAGAACAAGGCUGAAGUAUGUAGGACAGCUGUUGCAAGGUUCAGGGAUGAGGAAGAACAAGUUUUAAAUCAAAAAGUGAUGCUUUGGGACUCAGAAACUGAUCAGAAUUAGUAGUUGGAUGUAUAGUACUACUGAAUAUAUUUCACAAAUCUAGACACGCAGUUUGUGAAUAAGAAGGUAUCUCGUCAAGAGGAAUUCACUACAUAAAAUAAACUGCACACGGUGUAAAAGUAUGUGAGAAGUGGGUAAGGAAAGGUAAAAAGAAAGAUGAAAGAACGGUUAUUUGCCUUGAUGCCAAGUGCUUGUGCCUUUUCCUUUGACUAAUUUAUUCAUAGUUCAGCUGGAUAUUGAUGGAUAACAACCAUGACACUCAACGCCAGAAUGAGUUCAGUGUAGAUAGAAACCUGCCGUCCUCCGACUGAAUGUUGUUCAGCAGCAGCAGCAGCUACCUGUGCACCUUUAAAAACACAUAACCUUCUUUGACUUGAUGAAAGGCCCCAGCAUGUGUCUCUGUAGUUGGCUCCAUUUCCUCCAUUCUUCCCCCUCUAGUCUCUGCUUUGCCUCUCCGGCCUCCACCCUAACCCCCCUGAGAACUGGUCUCUGUUGAACUUUGACUGAACUGGUCUAAUGGCCACGUGUUUAGUUUGUGUUGGUAUUCAAUAUACAUCUCUCCAUUUUUACAUGUCUUUGAAACUGAAUUUAGAAAAAAAUGUGAGAGAAAAACUCACAAUUUGAAGCCAAAUUUGGGUUACACUGAAACACAUGUGAAGGCCAAAAACCGUGGUUUAAGAUUGAAGCUACUUAUAGCUGUGUACAAGUUGCUCUGCAAAAAUGUGCAUGAUUGAGUUUCACAAAACGUCAAGUUGUUCCUGUAGUGCCAGAAAAUGUAAGGUUCUUACCAGAGUUGUCCUCUUUUCAGGUUAUAAACUUCUGAAAUUGCAUCUGUAUUGUAGUGCAACACUAAAAAUCUUAAUUUAAUCCUGACAGGAGCAUCUUUAGAAAAAAAUAUCAGUCCAGUUCAGAUUAAGAGCUUCUUAUAGAACAGUUCUCCAAUAAAUAUCUCUGUCUAACUCCGACCAAAGACUGAUCCUGAAAACGUUGUGUCUUUGAAACUUUUGAAAAGAGAUGAUGACGGUGUUCCACAUUUUUUUGUUGUUUUUAUUCUCACUCAAUGAACUUUUCUCUGCAUGGCUCUGGGUAGCAAGGCGGGUGCAUCGUGCCCAGACAGGACUUUGCCACUAGCCAAAGACCCUGUUGAUUUCUAGUGAUUCUAUGUUGUAUGAAUUAUAUGAUAUUAUGUCGGUUUUGAAUGUUGUUGUUUUUCAGGCGGGAGAUUUAAAUGUACAGUUGGUGUUCUGUGUUAUAAAUGAGAGAUUCAAGCCAAGUGAAGGUUUGAUGAUGUGAAAAAUGUUGGAAAAAAGCUUUUAGUAUUGUUUGUUGAUGCAAACUUGUUCAUGUGCCUUGUUGGAUAGCAAUACAACAGAUUUGUGUGGAAUUAUGAGAAAUACCUCCUUGCCAGAGUCUUUUUAAAAGUUUCCCAGCAGCACCCAAAGGUUUCCUCUCUCUCUGUGUGUUAGCUUUAUUCAAACUAAAUCCCAAGUUUGUAUAUUGAUUUAAAGAUGCACUCCUCUUAUCAGUCCUGACUUACUGUAUGCACAAAACCAAUGUAAAAUUAUACCAACACACUAAGAUAAGAUACUAAAGAUUUGAAAAAUAAAUUUGAAAAGUAAAAACAAA